CCAACAGUCAGAUCAGCUGGGUCUUUGUGGGACAUGAUGAGAGGGAGGUGGCUUCCACUGUUGCUGGUAUUGACUCCAGGAGUUUUCAGUGGCUGGGGCGUGUUGUUUGGACCUCAGUGUGCUCUGCGGGGAUCCAGCAUUGUCAUUAAAUGCUCCUACAAUUAUCCUUGGGGUCAUAUAGUCAAAUCUGUUACAUGGUCCAAACGUAUGUUCCUGAAUGGCAAGUGGCAGAAGGUUGCUCUGCCUGUUGAACCUGGCAAAUAUGAAUAUGCUGGGAAUUAUGAAGGCAACUGCGAUCUGAAGAUCAAAAACAUCCAGUACACUGAUACAGGCAGUUAUUACUUCAGUUUCAAGACCUAUCGAGAUCAAUGGAGCAGCCAAAAUGAUGCACAGCUGUCAGUGAGCUAUUUGACGAUUCUGACAGCAGUUCUGGAGCCCAGCACUGUGACAGAGGGGGAGCGUGUCAGUCUGACCUGCAGGUCAGGUUGUCCUUCUUCAUCAGGCCAAGUCUGGUUCAAAGAUGGAAAACCUUUCUCUGGUUCAAACUUCCGAGCCAGCAGAGAGAGCAGUGGGCGGUACCACUGCGCUCUCUCCAGCGUGGAGGGAGCCAAAUCUGCCUCUGUGGAGCUCAAUGUCCUGUACACUCCGGUCAACGUGGUGUUGAGGAAGAUCUCGACGGAGGACACAGUGAAGGGAAGCUCAAUGACUCUCAGCUGCAGCAGCGACGCCAACCCUCCUGUGAGUCCGGACGGGUACAGCAUGUACAAGGACAAUCACUGGAUCAGCUCCGGACCGAGUCUCACCAUCCCGGUCCUGGAGCUCAGACACAGUGGACGGUACCACUGUCGAGCCUGGAACAGUGUCAGUCGAGCGGGUGAAGCAACUGUGGCCUCAGCCGACGUGGAUCUGGAUGUCAAGUUCAGUCCAGUCAACGUUUCCGUCUCAGUGGAUCCUGUUAUCGUCGAGGAGGGCAGCGGAGUGAAUCUGACCUGCAGCAGUGAAGCCAACCCUCCAGCAACCCGCUACACCUGGUACAAGCAGACGUCCUCACCCGAGUCCGUCCCUCUGGUACAGGUGGGCUCAGGAUCGACGCUGAAUCUGCCCUCAGUGAAGGCGUCCCUCCUGGGUCACUAUCUCUGUCGGGCUGGAAACCAUUUGGGGGAGAGGAACUCCAACCUGGUGCGGCUGUCCAUGUCCUCCAGAGCUUCUGGUCACCAAACAGUCUUCAUCCUGACGGGGAUCGGAGUUGUCCUCCUGAUCCUCACUGUUCUCUUAUUCUGGUACAAACUUAAAGGCAAGGCCAAGAACAAUUCACGUCACAACACCGACGUAAACUCCAGCUCCUUCACUGUGGACGACUCCCACAGCAACGAUUAUGUCAACGUCACCUCUGCUGGCCAGAAACAGUCCGACCAACCCGGCGCUCAGGAGCCUGGUCCUCACAGGAAGACUCGACGCGACUCCUCUUAUGAAGCCGACAUCACGUACACCACAGUGAACUUCAAGCCCAGAAGCUCUCGAUACGCUCAAGGCAGAAACGUCCAGAGGACCCCACAACAGCCUCUGGCCAAAACACCUGACGCUGUCAUUUACUCCACUGUGGGAAAACCAGCACACUGAGCACAUCCUCAUUUUGCUGUGCAGUUGUGUUACUUUAAAAUAUAUUUAAAAGUCCAAAGAUGUAUUUAUUAUAAUGCAUUUGAAGUUUUUAAUUCACUUCAUGAAUGGUAUUACUUUGUUGUGCACUUCAUCUUUUGCUGCUUUUGUGUUUUCAACGCACUAUUUAGUUGUUGUUUUUUUUUCUAGGCAUGUUGUGGCUUCAUCUUCUGGUACGCACCCGAAGAGAGUGUGUUCCUGGCCUGCUGUCCAACGGCCACGCUAGACAUUGCCAACAGGAAAAACUGCUGUAUUCAAAUGUACAAAACCACAACUUAUCGUGCACAAUGAAUGAAUGAGCAGCUGCAGCAACCAAACCGAACAUCCCAGAGCUGUAAGUUGUUGAGUUGUAGUGACCAUGAUUUUUUGCUCACAAUCGAUACAAUUCAAGAGAGUCACCUUGCGGUACUGGAAGUCAGUUUCACCUCCAUCCUGUAACAACCGGAUGAAUGGCAUUUUCUGGAGGAGAUCCGAUUCUCAUGGCUGGCAAUGAGGGAAAAUAUCAUCAAACCUGGGAUCCAUUUGUCAACCACUUUAAAAGGGGCUCAUAAACUUUGGAAAAUGAUCCUUUUGGACAUUGCCUGUUUUGUGAACAUUAAGGAGUAACUGACCCUCCGUUUGACUUCAUUUCAUCUUUUCUUUGUUUAAUUUAUUUUUAUCUAGUUAUUUUGUUGUUGUUGUUUCAGUUUUGGGCAUUGUGCUCUUUUUUUCGCUGGUGUUUCUUGUAUG